AUGGACAUCGACGACAUUUUGCAGGAGGUGGACCCGACCGUCUACCGCAUCCCGCAAGAAAAGCGCGACCUUCAGGAGUUGACGCGCGCCUGGAUCGCCGAGCGCUCUGCCCCUGAACUGCUCCCGUGGCCGCCCAACGACCUCUUUGAGCGUAUCAAUGCCGCCAUCAAGCGUCAGAUCGAGCGGGUUGAAGAGCUCACGGGCGACAUGGACCCUAAGUCCAACUUUGCCCUUAUUGUCAUCCAAACCGAGCUCGAGCGUUACAAGUACCUCGUCCGAAGCUAUUUGCGUGCCCGUCUAGCGAAGAUUGAUCGCCACACCCUACACUAUCUGUCCUCCGAUGCCCUGCGUGCCCGCAUGUCAGAUAUCGAGCUGGCCUAUGCGACUCGUCAUCAAGCCUUGCUGCAUAACCACUACCUGUCAAGCUUUUUGUCUAGCUUUCCCCCAAACCUGCAGAACCUGAACGAUGCUGUCGGCGGAAUUAGCAUGAUUGAGACUCCCGACCUUGACACUGCCGUCAUUAUCCGCCUCCUGAAAGACUCCUUUGUCGAGGGAAGAGGUGUGGACUCGGAUGGUGCUCUGCAGAUGAAAGAGGGGGAUAUUGUGAUCCUUCGGUGGGCUGACGCAAAGCCUCUCGUCGAAGCCGGCAAGGCCGAGCUGGUUUGA